UACCAUUAGAGGUCUUCAGAGCGAACUUCAGCCUAGAUGAAUAACCUCCCCACCUGUCUAACCAGUUCAGUCUACCCGUAAUACAGUUAGGGUGGUCUAUUGCGAAUACAGUUUGGGGUACGACGAUGGCUCCACGAACCUUUCGGGCCCCUAAACAUGCUUUGUGAGCAGGACAAAGAAACUUCUAGGCAGAACGGGCACACCCGUCCCUGUAUGUGUGUAUCUGUAGUUUAGUGGGACACCCGAAACAGGGAGGAAACUGUUUAAGGAGGCGGCCAUUGUGUUUUUGUGAUACAGACCCAGCUGACGUAGAGCUUGUUGAAGUUAGCGUUCUGCGUGAGUGACACCAGGAAGACCUUAUCUUGUGUGUGUGUCAUCUACCUGUGCAGUGCGCAGUAUUGUGUAUUGUGUAUUGUGAAUUGUGAUUCACCCGAUUGUAAGCGGCACAUGUAGGAAUAUACCGUCCCCGGGAUGUUGCAUGCCUGUCUGUACUAACAAAGUGUGCAGUCGUGGUUGGAGACGUGAAUUACGUCAAUGAUGGGGUUACUCCGCUACUUGACGUCAGGUCCACGUGUUUUAGGUAGACGUCCGUUGCUCGCACCGGUGUUUCUGCUGCUGGUGGCGACGUUAUUCUACUUCGUCACAAUACUGCAGACAUCAGGCACCCACGGUUCUCCAGGCGGCAGGAACCUGCCCUCGCACCCACAGGAACUCCUUCACGACCUACGUCAUAUAGAUCAAGACCGCCGUGUAAGAAAAAGCCCCAAAACAGACAAUGAGCGACAUAGAAAUCAUGGCGGAGACGUCAGGGGUGUCAUCAGACAGCGCGAGGUCGUGGAUGACGACAGCGACAAUGUUGUUGACAGACUUGUAGGUUUAUACAAGAAGAAGCUAGAAGUUCUGACGUCACGGCGUCGUAACGUCUUCCCUUCCCCGCAGAAGAGCUGCACCCAACAGAGGAGCAUAUUUCGACCAUGUGUAGAUGACACGUGCUCCGACAGCUUCCUUCACCCACCGGAAGAAAAUUUGCGUGAUCUGCUCCGUCGCCAACACGUGAUUCCGGCCAAAUACCUGCGCGUGCUGCGUAACAUGACUGACCCAUCAGUGGACAAGACCAGUGUCACCUUCCUAACGGGUGUGUCCGCCAACCACUACCUCGAGGGUCAGCCGCUCAUCAAGAACCUCGUGGAGGAGGUGUUCCCCAGUCAGCUGGACUACCGGUUCUAUGUGUAUGACCUUGGCCUCAACGACAAACAGCGACAUUCCUUCCAGAACCACUGCCCCCAGUGCCAGUUGAGGAGCUUCCCCUUCUCCCAGCUUCCUCCCGUCUUCUCCAACCUCAAGUCAUAUGCCUGGAAGUCAGCCAUCAUACAGGCUCAUCUCCCAGUGUCGGACUUCGUCAUCUGGGUCGACUCUUCUGUCAGGUUCACAACUUCAAAUCUCACGUCAGUUCUCGAGGAAGUACGAGAGCGUGGCAUGAUGGUCUCCACGUCAUCCAUCUCCACAGCCAUUCACACAGAUCCCCGGAUGUACGACUAUUUUGGAGUGACGUCAUGCCUCAUGUCCCGCUUCCGGGAGUUGGAGGGCGGGUUCUUGUUAUGGCACAACAGUUUCUACACCCAGCACGCCAUCCUGUCCCCCUGGCUGGCCUGCGCCUUCUCCCCCAAGUGCAUGUACCUGUAUAAGACACCAGCGCCAUCUAGCGUGUAUGACUGCAGGAUGAAGGUCAGGACUUACGGCACGUGUCAUCGAUUUGACCAAUCAGCAAUGAGUACCAUUCUUUCAAAACUUUACGGAGACAAUGUGGGGUUCUUCAUUGUAAGGAAGGGACGAAUACACAAGUACAAUCUCCAUGAAAAAUUUCAAUAUUUAGCUGACUGAAAUGUGGAGUAAAUGAUUUGGGUCCUGGGCCCGCUUGCACAAAGCGAUCUUAGCGUAAGAUGAUCUUAACUCCAUACUUUAACAUAGGCUUACGAUAGUCUCAGCGCUAAGAUCGGUUUGUGCAAGGGGGCCCUGGUUACGAGAUGUAAACUUUAAGGUUUUCUAGUAUUGGUUUACAUUCGUCAUUUGUCGUAUGCGCGGAAACCAUUUGCCACGUGAGCUGAUAUAGAACACUUGCAAUGAGCUGCAUGUAUGGACCUUGUGGAAUAAUGUGUUGAAAGCACUUGUGAUAUGCACUACAAGAUUGGACAAUUUCAGCUAAUGUGUUUCAACUGCUGACUGUAUAAAGCUUAAGUAUGAACAAUGUUAACUUGAAUAUGAUAUACACCCGCAGUAAAGUUUGAACCACAUGCGAUGAUUUAUUGGCCCCAUGUGUGAAAUAUGUAGGCUGACAUGUUACAACAUAUGCGAUCGUAGACUGGACCACGUGAGCUGACAUGUUACAACAUAUGCAAUCGUAGACUGGACCACGUGAGCUAAAAUGUUACAACAGCUGCGAUCGUAGACUGGACCACGUGAGCUGACAUGUUACAACAGCUGCGAUCGUAGUCUGGACCAGAAAAUCCAGUGAGUGACAUCAUGAGCAUCGGUCCACGCAAUUGGGAUACGAUCACAUGCAUGAACCAAGUCAGCGAGUCUGACCGCCCGAUCCCGUUAGUCGCCUCUUACGACAAGCAUAGUCGCCUUUUACGGCAAGCAUGGGUUGCUGAAGACCACUUUGUGAACUGAUAUUUUAGUCAGUCAUUAUUCCUGAAAUGGGACGUUAUGGGAUGUAGCACUUAAUAGUAUUUGAGGGAGUCGGGUUUAACACGUUUUCAACAAUAUAUCAAUUAUAUCACGAUGUGUCAGCUUGAUGUAGGAGAUGUCUGAAAUGUUUACUUCUUUGGUGAAACUCGCCACGGGUGUGGUGCUGUUAAGCUUAGAAACAUAAUCAGGAGAAUCGAGAUUCCCAAUUCCGAUCAUAGAUUUCUGGCACGCCGAAAGGACGCACCUAUGCACAACACAUUUGCGGUGCCAUAGAUAUUCGCCAUGUCUCAGACGACUGGCAAGCACAUAAUUACUGCGAACCGUUAUCGUGUGGGAAACCCCCCUAAAGUCAAGUUUGUUACGUUUUAUAGAAUACUUUGACAAAAUAAAGCAAAUCUUGACAUAAAA